AUGGUACUCAUUGACGAUGUUUCAAGCCAAAAUAACAAUACAGCAAAUGGUAGUCAACCGCAACCUUCCGCACCACCUCCUCCCUCGCCUUCUGGUUCAUCAAGAAACAUUAUUAAUGUAUUAAUGGAACGAAAAAUUGAUUCCAUUUUGUUAUUAUCACGUUUGGCAACAAUAUUUUUUAGUAUUCUCUAUGUUUUACCAAUAAAUCCUGGUGGUUCAAAUGCGAAUGUCUAUUAUCAAAAAGCAUUAAUGAGUUCAGCAGUCACAUCAGCAUUACGUCUACGUCAACGAAUACCAUAUUUUCAAUUUUCACGUGAUUUUUUAUCCAAUUUAUUUCGAGAAGAUUCUGCUCAUUAUCUCAUGUAUUCAUUAUUGUUUCUCUCUGGUAGUCCAAUGACAAUUGUUCUCAUACCAAUAACGUGUUAUGCUCUUCUACAUUCAUGUUCAUUUCUUCUAAAUAUUUUAUCACAAUAUGAACAAAUUGUGCGUCUAUUAUCAAAAGUAACGGAAAAACAUAUCAUACUAUUACGUUUUGUGGCUUUGAAUGAAAUUUUGUUAAUGCCAAUCUUGCUGUUAUCAAUUUUUGUUGCACGUGCCAAUUUUUUGCUAAUAUUUAUGUAUUAUCGUUUUUUAACGUUAAGAUAUUCAUCACAACGUAAUCCAUAUACGAGACAAAUCUUUACCGAAUUAAGAAUCAAUGCCGAACAGCUUAUUCAAAGACCACAAUGUCCACAAGUUGUUCGACGUUUAUGUGAAAAUGCGAUUGGUUUUAUUUCAAGAUUGGCACCGGUUGUAGGAUAA